AUGUGUGGAAUCUUCGCCUAUCUCAACUAUCUUCUCGAAAAAGACCGAAAACACAUCAUAGAGACUCUCAUAGCUGGUCUAGCACGUCUUGAAUAUCGCGGCUAUGACUCUGCGGGUCUUGCAAUUGAUGGCGACGAAACAGACGAGGUCUUUAUAUACAAGCAAGUCGGGAAAGUAGCCGCACUAAAGAAGCUCGUAUCUGAACAAAGCAUAGAUUUGGAACGACCUUUCAUCAGUCACUGUGGUAUGGCUCAUACUCGCUGGGCCACUCACGGACAACCAUCUCCAACAAAUUCCCAUCCCCAUCGUUCUGACUCUAAAGCCGAAUUCAGCGUGGUUCACAACGGCAUCAUUACAAACUACCGGGAACUCAAGUUAGUCCUCGAGAAAAAAGGAUACAUAUUCGAAUCCGAGACUGAUACCGAGGCUGUUGCUAAACUCGCAAAGUAUCUGUAUGAUGAGCGUGGCAACAAUAAUUUGACUUUCACAGCUUUGGUUAAGGCCGUAGUCAAAGAAUUGGAAGGCGCAUUCGCUCUUAUCUUUAAGAGUACACAUUUCCCUAACGAAAUUGUCGCCACGCGCCGUGGUUCUCCCCUGUUGGUUGGCGUUAAGACUGAAAAGAAAUUAAAAGUUGAUUUUGUUGACGUGGAAUUUGCUUCAGACGAGAAGGUAGAAACGAAUCUUUUAGCUCCACCGGAUGCAUCAAGACUUCGCCGCAGUCAGUCGCGAACUUUCCUUAGUGAGGAUGGAAUGCCCCAACCAAUCGAAUUCUUCCUUGCAUCUGACCCAUCUGCUAUUGUCGAGCAUACAAAGCGUGUGCUUUAUCUUGAAGAUGACGACAUUGCUCACAUCAGUGACGGAGAACUCCAUAUUCACCGUCUCAGACGUGACGAUGGCAUCUCAGCAGUCCGUUCCAUCGAGACUCUAGAAAUUGAAAUUAACGAAAUCAUGAAGGGCAAAUUUGAUCACUUUAUGCAAAAGGAAAUCUAUGAGCAGACCGAUUCCGUUGUGAACACUAUGCGUGGUCGUGUUAACUUUGAAACCCAUAAAGUUACUCUAGGUGGUCUUAAGGCUUACUUGCAGACUAUUCGUCGAUGCAAACGUAUAGUCUUUUGUGCUUGUGGUACCAGUUAUCAUUCUUGUCUGGCGACUCGUGCAAUAUUUGAAGAACUUACGGAAAUUCCAGUCUCGGUCGAGUUAGCGAGUGACUUUCUUGAUCGUAAAACACCAAUCUUCCGUGACGAUGUUUGCGUCUUUGUAUCACAAUCAGGUGAAACAGCAGAUACCAUUCUUGCCUUGCGAUAUUGUCUUGAACGCGGUGCUCUUUGUCUUGGUAUUACCAAUACUGUCGGUUCAACUAUUUCUCGCGAGACUCAAUGCGGUGUCCACAUCAACGCUGGUCCCGAAAUCGGUGUUGCUUCUACCAAAGCGUAUACCUCGCAGUUCAUUGCUUUGGUUAUGAUGGCCAUUCAGUUGAGUGAAGAUAGGACGUCUAUGACACAGAGGCGAAACGAAAUCAUUGACGAGUUGAAGAAGUUGCCAGACUAUAUCAAGGAAGUUUUGAACAUGGAUCAAGGAUUGAAAAAAUUGGCUAACGAUGUGCUCUACAAGGAGAAGAGUUUGCUAAUUAUGGGACGUGGUAUGCAAAAUGCUACUUGCUUGGAAGGUGCCUUGAAAAUUAAGGAAGUAUCUUAUAUGCACUCCGAGGGUAUCUUGGCUGGCGAAUUGAAACAUGGUCCACUGGCUCUCGUCGAUGAGAAUAUGCCUGUGAUUCUUAUUAUGACAAAGGAUUCCUUGUAUCCGAAAGUACAAAGCGCUCUUCAGCAAGUUACGGCUCGAAAGGGUCAGCCCAUCAUCAUCUGUAACGAAGGCGAUGACGAAUUAUCCAAGAAUUACAAGACUAUCACGAUACCGCAAACCGUCGAUUGUCUUCAGGGUAUUCUUGCCAUUAUACCAUUACAGCUGCUCUCGUAUCAUUUGGCAGUGUUGCAUGGAGUCGAUGUAGAUUGUCCAAGGAACUUGGCUAAAUCUGUCACUGUCGAAUAA